AUGGGUAGCAAAUACCCGCUUUUGCUUGGUGUGCAGCUUGGUAUGCUUCUCGCUGAUCUCGCCUUCAAUGCCGCUUCUGUAUUGAUGUUUGGAAACCGAACAGUGCUGCUAAUGAUGUAUAUCCUACAGGACACGUUAAUACUGCUAUCGGUGGUUGUGUUGGUGAUCGCGUUCUCGUCGACGUUCGUCUUUCAGGCGGGUCUGAUCUUUCUAUUGUUCAAGCGAUUUGCUUCGACGCUGAUAUCGGCUUUCGUCUAUCUUGCCUUCACCAUUGCCUUCCACUAUAUUUCUUUGAAUAUUCGUUGGGACAAUCCGACGGCAUCAAUUUUCUUCACACCACACAUACUGAUUCUCUAUGUUGCACAAAAAUUCUGUUCGGCCGUACACUAUGCUAUGUAUAAACGAUCCGCACUUCUUCUAGUUGAUCCAAAAUAUCAUGGAGACUCGGAAUGGUUGAGAAGUAAAAUCAGGAAGAGCAGUUAG